AGCAGCUCUGGCUCCAGUCCAGAGUGGGCAGCGCCAGCUGACCGAGUACUUCCGGCCUAUGGGUAGCACGUCGGCGCAAGUGCGACCAGGUAAUGACUUAUUGGCGCAACGGCAGACCCAGGAGCAGCGGCAAGGAGAGCAGCCCCAAGUAGUCCAAGCUACGACGCUCCUGGCGCAGCUACGGAUGCUGCAGGUGGCGGCAUUGCUGGCUCAGCAGCAGCCCGGAGGACAGCUUCAGGGACUACAUUGUUCAGAGCCCUUGCGAUCCCAGCAGCUGCAAAUGCUAUCCGCGCUUUUGCUGGGGCAGCAGGGGCAGCAACAGCAGGGGCAGCGCGCGUCGCUACAACCACAGCAACGGGCGCAACAGCAAUCGCAUGCCUUCUCGUUCCCUGGCGGCCUGCUUGAUGACUGUAGGGCUCCGCAG